CUUUAGCUCAGUAACACAUUCAUUUACGCUCCACGCCUUCACGGGGAGAGGAACAAGGAAGAAGAGAACUGAAGAAGUGGAGAUGGUUAUGCUCGGCGGGAAGCGAGUGGGCCAGAUUGUGGGUCUCGGCGGGAAAGGUGUGGGCCAGAUACUGGCUGCCGUAGCAGCAGCUCUUUUGCUUCGUUUGUUCUCUGGCCCAGGCCCUGCGCUAUUGCCGGAAAAUGAGGCUGACGGCGACGAUGACUACCCCGGAAAAGAUGACGGAGGAGAAGCCCCAGUCACGGGAAAAGUCACUCCCGUUACAAUUCGGUGGACGAACAUUACUUGCUCCCUUUCAGACAAAUCCGGCAAAAUGGUGCGUUUUUUGCUUAAGAAUGUGAGUGGAGAAGCAAACCCAGGCAGGCUGCUGGCGAUCAUGGGACCCUCAGGAUCAGGGAAAACGACUUUGCUAAAUGUUCUUGCAGGUCAGCUCACAGCAUCACCAAGAUUGCAUCUGUCAGGCCUUCUGGACGUCAAUGGGCAGCCAAUAUCAAAGGAGGCUUUUAAGUUUGCCUAUGUGAGACAGGAGGACCUCUUUUUCUCGCAGCUAACAGUGCGGGAAACACUUUCUCUUGCUGCCGAGCUCCAACUUUCCAAUAAAUUAUCAGUUGAUGAGAGGGAAGAAUAUGUGAACAGUCUACUUUUCCGUCUGGGCCUGGUCAAUUGUGCUGAUACCAAUGUUGGUGAUGCAAAAGUUCGCGGAGUCAGUGGGGGAGAGAAGAAACGCCUAUCACUUGCAUGUGAACUGAUUGCAAGCCCAUCUGUUAUAUUUGCAGAUGAACCAACAACUGGACUUGAUGCAUUCCAGGCAGAAAGGGUGAUGGAGACACUCCGACAACUAGCACAGGAUGGGCAUACUGUUAUUUGUUCCAUACAUCAACCUAGAGGUUCAGUAUAUGCAAAAUUUGAUGACAUUGUGCUGCUAGCAGAAGGUGCACUCAUUUAUGCAGGGCCUGCUCGUGAAGAACCGCUGUCAUAUUUCUCAAAAUUUGGAUAUCAAUGUCCAGAUCAUGUGAAUCCUGCUGAAUUUCUGGCCGAUCUGAUAUCUGUCGACUAUAGUUCUUCUGAAACUGUUUACUCCUCCCAAAAGAGAAUUGAUGGUCUUGUUGAGGCAUUUGCACAGAAGACGUCAACCAUUAUUUAUGCAACUCCAAUUACCAGAAGGGAUGGCUAUAUGUAUACCACAAAAAGUAGCAGGAGAUCUGUUGCCACGAAGAAAGGUGCUUGGUGGAGGCAGUUCUGGUUGCUCCUUAAACGGGCAUGGGUGCAGGCUUCUCGAGAUGGACCUACAAAUAAAGUUCGAGCAAGAAUGUCUAUUGCAUCAGCUUUAAUAUUUGGGUCAGUCUUUUGGCGUAUGGGAAGAUCCCAGACAUCUAUACAGGACAGGAUGGGUCUACUUCAGGUUGCUGCCAUAAACACCGCAAUGGCUGCACUUACCAAAACUGUUGGUGUUUUCCCAAAGGAGCGUGCAAUUGUAGAUAGAGAGCGUGCCAAGGGAUCUUAUGCAUUAGGGCCAUAUUUACUUUCUAAAUUGUUGGCUGAAAUCCCUGUUGGUGCAGCAUUUCCAUUAUUGUUUGGUGGGAUUUUGUAUCCCAUGGCACAUCUUCAUCCUACUUUAUCUAGAUUUGGAAAGUUCUGUGGAAUUGUUACAAUAGAAUCAUUUGCUGCAUCUGCAAUGGGUCUCACUGUCGGGGCUAUGGUUCCAACUACAGAAGCAGCAAUGGCCUUGGGACCAUCCCUUAUGACUGUAUUUAUUGUAUUUGGUGGUUAUUAUGUAAAUGCUGAUAACACACCAAUCAUCUUCCGCUGGAUUCCACGGGUGUCUCUUAUAAGAUGGGCUUUUCAAGGACUUUGCAUCAAUGAAUUUAGAGGUCUUCAAUUUGAUCAUCAGCAUUCAUUUGACAUUCAAACUGGAGAGCAGGCGCUUGAGAGGCUCUCCUUUGGAGAGAGUCAUAUUAGGGAAACACUGGUGGCGCAGGGUAGGAUACUCUUGUUUUGGUAUUGCACAACUUACCUUCUCCUUGAGAGGAACAAACCCAAAUACCAGAAGCUUGAGCCGCCUCCUCCUGAUCAACUGAAACAGCAUCAGAAGAUUGAGUCUCCUCCAUCUGAACAACCUGAGCCAUACCAGCAGCUGGAACCCCCUCUCCUUGACCAAAUCGAACCAAGCCAACAGCUCGAGUCUCCUCCAGUUGAUCAAUUCCAGCCAUUUAUCCUAGAAGGCUUGUAGGUAGUUGUGGAUAUGUUUAGUCUAUCCUCUGCAGACUUUGAUGCAGGUCACACUGGGAACGGUGCGCCAUGAUUGCAUUGACAUUAUUAUUCUGGAGGCUGUAUGAGCGAGGCAUGUAAUCAGCAGGACUGCAUCUUUAUGAAUUAAUAAUUUGUAUCAAAGAACCAACCAGGGCUACGAUGGAAAUAUGGAAUGGUUAGUAUUCUUUUUUUUUAUA